AUGGAACGUCCAAUCCCACUGUUGCGCAUGCUCAGAGUUACAGCAAUUUGUGGGAGGGUACGCGAUAUGAUCAAGCGCAUACCACACUCGACUCUCGCUCGUCCACUCACAUCAACUGAAAUCAACCUCGCACUUCAAUUCUGCAUCAAGGAAACUCAACGUACUCAUUUCAACUCUGAACUCCAACUACUCGCAAAACAGGCAUCAUGGCCAAAGGAUCACCCAUUUGCUCGGUUGGUGGCUUAUCAAGACACCGUUGGCAUCAUCCGAGUAGGGGGAAGAUUGGAAAAUGCUCCAUACUCAGAUCAACAGAAGCAUCCUGCAAUUCUACCUCGUAAUGCUGCUCUAACUCGAGUCGUCAUCUCUGAUGCCCAUCAGCGUACCAUGCAUGGUGGUACUCAACUCACACUCGCUCAUUCUCGACUCCGAUACUGGAUCAUUGGUGGAUGUCAACCAGUACGUUCACACAUACUCAAAUGUCUCGUCUGUGCUCGUCAUCGAGGUGUUCGGGCUCAGCAAUUAAUGGGACAACUCCCAACUCAACGUGUCACUCCAGCGCCACCAUUUUCUCACACUGGAGUCGAUUACGCUGGUCCAGUAUCAAUCAAAUCAUGGAAAGGUCGAGGAUCCAGGAUAUACAAGGGCUGGAUCUGUGUGUUUGUCUGUCUGACCACAUCAGCAGUUCACGUCGACCUUGUCAGCGACUACUCAUCAUCAGGAUUCAUAGCAGCUCUCCGACGGUUCAUUCACCGUCGAGGGGUAUGUACAGCACUCUACAGCGACUGUGGAACGACAUUCCAAGGCGCAUACUCUGAACUCAAGCGGCUCUUCACUCAAGGCACUCAAGAAUCUCAUGCUCUACUCGAUUGGGCCACUGUGCAUCAAAUCACAUGGCAUUUCAAUCCCCCUGCUGCUCCCCAUAUGGGUGGUAAAUGGGAAGCCGCAGUGAAAUCGGUGAAAUAUCACCUGACUCGCACACUCGGAGAAUCAGCCUUCACGUUUGAAGAACUUACGACUCUUUUAACGCAAGUGGAGGGGAUUUUGAACUCGAGACCACUGGAGGCUCUAUCAGACGAUCCUCACGAUCCUUCAUCGCUCACUCCAGGUCACUUUCUCAUUGGGAGACCAAUCGUUGCCAUGUAA